AUGUUUACGCCGAUACACACAUCGCUAGGUGCGCUACUGCUUUUUGAGGGGUCCUCGGGCCUGCUCUUUCACAAUGGUGCCGUGUUCGGCAUCUCAUCCUUAGUAUCGGGAUCUGUCUUCAGCCCGAGCCGAGACAAUGUGCCCAUCGUCGCUGGCUUGGUGUCCAGUGUUCUUCCAGUAUAUUUACUGGUACCGUCUUUGUUACCAAACUACCCGGCCCCUCCGAACUCCUUGGUCUCUGCGGUGAUGACGAUGGGUGUAGGGUUCUUGUUGGGAUGGGGAACCAAGAAUGGCCGCGGCUGUACCUCCGGACACAUGCUCUGCGGUUUAUCUCGCCUCUCAGCACGCUCAUUGAUCGCAACGGCCGUCUUCUUCACCACUGCCCUGACUACCGCCAACUUCGCCAACGGCGGAUCCAAUAUCCCUUCCUGUGGAUCAGUCCCAUGCUACACGCCAAUGUACCCAUCAACAGCCGAGUUGGUCUUCAUGACCGGUGCAGUGCUGCUUUCUAGCAUCACAAACUUCAUCGUCGUUCCGAAGGUGUUGCAGCGGUCCGAAGAAUCCCAGACCAUCUUUUCCUAUCUCGCAGGACUCGAGUUCGGACUGGGCCUUUUGAUCUCCGGGAUGGCGGAUCCCGCUAAAGUGUUGAGGUUCUUCGCGUUCCUGACGGAUCCGUCUCGCUUUGACCCAUCUCUAGCACUGGUCAUGAUCUUCGGCAUCGGACCAUCGUUAAUGGCCUACUUGAUGCAAGCCCCAGGGCAAGCAGUUGACAAAGAAAAGACAGGUACAAAACCAACGCUGGCUGAGCGAUGGGGCCUCCCUACUGCCACAGUUGCGGACAUUGAUUGGCGCUUUGUGGCUGGAGCUGUGGCGUUUGGUGUUGCUUGGGGAUUGAGGGGAGUGUGUCCCGGCCCGGCAGUCUUGCGGUCGGUUCUUCAACCGACAUGGGGGCUCACAACGAUGAGCGGCUAUAUCCUGGGCAACCUGGUCUAG